AUGGCCACAUCUAAUCGAAUAAAUCCUCGUUUAUUGGCCAACAUUCAAGAUGAAUCAGGACAAAUGCUGAAACCGAUUUCUCAAUACGCUAAGGAACCAUUGGUUUCUCUUGAAGAAGCAUGUCGACCAUUGAAGGAUAUUAUCGAUGAGGAACUUGAGCAAAAUAUUCAGAUUGCAAAAAUAAAUUCAGGAUCACCUCCAGAUGGUCUAACACAGGAUGAAUCGGCAGCAAUCCAUCUGUACACUAUGGAAUGGGAUGUCACUGAGAAAAGUCUUUAUGCAAUACUCAAUCGAAGAUUACGUGAAGCUGAUCGUCAGAAAUUAGUUCCAUGGCAUAAAUAUAUGAAGUUAUUGCUCACUGCGUUCUUCAAACUACCGUUAACUGAACGUCAAAUAGUAUGGCGAGGAGUACCCAAAGAUCUCAGUGAUUUAUAUCCGCAAGGCAAAGAACAAAUUGCACCUCCCUUUGACCUACUAACUCCACCAUUUGAUAUCACCAAAACAUCGACGAAUAAUUCAUCACUCAAACCUACAGCUCAAUCAAAUAUAUCACCAUCUACAACUCAAUCAAAAUCCUCGCUGAAGGCAACGUUAAUACCACUUUCGAUGCUAGCAUCAUCAUUUCGCAGAACUGUCAUUGCUCCUGAUGCAAAAUGGAUGUCGAAAGGUAUCAUUGUAGCUGGAGGCAAUGAACAAGGUAGUGGAUUGAAUCAACUCUCAUCUGAAACAUCAAAAAUUUAUAAUUCUCGACAAAAUUUGGUACAAUCUUCUUUUUCUGGACUGAAAAAUCAACCUAUAAGCUUUCAAAAUUAUGAAAAAACAUUAUUAUCUUAA